UUUAUUGUGCUUUAAGUGAAAGUUUACAAAUCAAGCCAGUCUCUCAUACAAAAAUUUAUAUAUACCUUGCUAUAUACAUUUAAUGAGCACACUCCUCUCCACCGUCUAUUUUUGUGUCCAUUUGGCCAGUUUCUGAUCCCCUCUGCUCUCUCAUCUCCCCUCUAGACAGGAGCUACCCACAUAGUCUCAUGUGUGUACUUGAUCUAAGAAGCUCAGUCCUCACCAGUAUCAUUUUCUAUACUAUAGUCCAGUACAAUCCCUGUCUGAAGAGUUGGCUUUGGGAAUGGUUCCUGUCUUGGGCUAGCAGAAGGCCUGGGGACCAUGACCUCCGUCUAGUUAGUCUCAGUCAGACCAUUAAGUCUGGUCUUUUUACGAGAAUUUGAGGUCUGCAUCCCACUGCCCUCCUGCUCCCUAAGGGGUUCUCUGUUGUGUUCCCUUUCAGGGCAGUCAUCGGUUGUAGCCAGGCACCAUCUAGUUCUUCUCGUCUCAGGCUGAUGUAGUUUCUGGUUUAUGUGACCCUUUCUGUCUCCUGGGUUCAUGCAUACCUUGUGUCUUUGGUGUUCUUCAUUCUCCUUUGUUUCAGGUGUGUUGAGACCAAUUGAUGCAUCUUAGAUGGCUGCUUGCCAGCAUUUAAGAAGAGUGUCUUCCUCUUUUUCACUGACCCUUCCUCUUACCAAGCAUGAUGUCCUUCUCCAGGGACUGGUCCCUCCUGAUAAUAUAUUCAAAGUACUUGAGAUGAAGCCUUGUCAUCUUCACUUCCAAGGAGCACUCAGGCUGUACUUCUUCUAAGACAGAUUGGUUCAUUCUUCUGACAGUCCAUGGUAUAUUCAGCACUGUAAUUCAAAGGCAUCAGUUCUUCUUUGGUCUUCCUUAUUCACUGCCCAGCCUUCGCAUGCAUAUGAGGUGACUGAAAAUACCAUGGCUUGGGUCAGGCACACCUUAGUUCUCAAAGUGACAUAUUUGCUUUUUAACACUUUAAAGAGGCCUUUUGCAGCAGAUUUGCAUGAAGCAAUAUGUCAUUUGAUGUUUUGACUGCUGCUUCCAUGGGCAUUGAUUGUGGAUCCAAGUAAAAAGAAAUCCUUGACAACUUCAGUCUUUUCUCCAGUUAGUAUGAUGUUGUUUAUUGGUCCAGUUGUAAGGAUUUUUGUUUUCUUUACGUUGAGGUGUAAUCCAUACUGAAGGCCAUAGUGUUUGAUUCAUCAGCAAGUGCUUCAAGUCUUCUUCGCUUUCAGCAAGCAAGAUGGCUUUAUAAAAGGGGAAAAUAUACACGGAGGCAGAGAGCAGAGGAAGGGAACCAUGUGAUCCUGAAGCUGCAAGUGAGGGCACUUCUGGAGGUACUGGAAGGUAGGUGAGAGGCAUAGAACAGUUUCCUCCCGAGUCCUCAGAAAGAAUCAACAUCUCUGAUACCCUGAUUUGGAUUUCAAGCCUCUAGAGCUGUGAGACAGUGAAUUUUUAUUCUUAUAAAUCACCCAACUUGUGGUAUUUUGUUUUGGCAGCCCUCAGAAAUUCAUGCAAUUGUCUACAGUGAACAGAGGGAAAGGACAUUUUCUUGGGAAAUUUCUGUUAAUCCUGUGCCAUGUCUGUGAUUUGUCUUCUUGGUUGUAAGAUUUUUAAUGGUCAACAUUAGCCUCUUAAGACUAUUUUCAGUAGAUAAACUUGAAACAACCAAGUAACCAUCAAAGCCCAGCUACCUCUUUAGCUUCUUGUUUGUUUAUAGAGCAAAGAUCACCACAAAAAUGAAUUUAAAUGGAUUUAUGUAAUUACCCAAUAAGGAGAAUAAAAACUUGAGCAGUAGAAACAAAAUGAUAGAAGAUGGUUAUUAGUGAAGAUGAAGAAACAGUGCAAAGAGGCAUGAAUUUGAAUCCAUGCCAUGUCUUUACCGUAUGACCUUAGGAAGUUGCUUAAAUCAUGUGAACUUCCAUUUCCUUAUCUAAAAGUAGGAUUAAUAACCAGCUUGAAAGAAAGCCUAGGCAUGUAGAAUGCAUAGUACAGUACCUGUCACUCACUAUAUCUCCAAUAAAUGGUACCCCUUAUAGUUAUUUUUAUGGUUGCAGCGGUACAUUGAUAGGGAACUGCUAGAAAUUCAAGCUGGAUUCAGAAGAGGACAUGGAACGAGGAAUAUCAUUGCUGAUGUCAGAUGGAUCUUGGAUGAAAGCAAAGAAUACCAGAAAGAUGUUUAUCUCUGUUUUUUGACUAUGCAAAGGCAUGCAACUAUGUGGAUCAUAACAAAUUAUGGAUAACAUUGUGAAGAAUGGGAAUUCCAGAACACUUAAUUGUGCUCAUAAGGAACCUGUACUUAGACCAAGAGGCAGUCAUUUGAACAGAACAAGAGGAUACUGUAUGGUUUAAAAUCAGGAAAAAGUGUGCAUCAGGAUUAUAUCCUUUCACCAUACUUAUUCAAUCUCUAUGCUGAGCAGAUAAGCUGGACUCUAUGAAGAAGAAUGCAGCAUCAGGAUUGAAGGAAGACUCAUUAACAACCUGCGAUGUGCAGAUGACACAGCCUUGCUUGCUGAAAGUAAAGAGAACUUGAAGCAGAUCAAAGACUGCAGCCUUCAGUAUGGAUUAUACCUUAACAUAAAAAAAAAAAAAGCAACUGGACCAAUAAGCCACAUCAUGAUAAAAGGAGAAAAGAUUGAAGUUGUCAAGGAUUUCUUUUUACUUGGAUCCACAAUCAAUGCCCAUGGAAGCAGCAGUCAAAACAUCAAAUGACAUAUUGCAUUGAGCAAAUCUGCUGCAAAAGAUCUCUUUAAAAUGUUAAAAAGGAGAUAUGUCAUUUUGAGAACUAAGGUGCGCCUGACCCGAGCGAUGGUAUUUUCAUUCGCCUCAUAUGCACGCAAAAGCUGGACAAUGAAUAAGGAAGACCAAAGAAGAAUUGAUGCCUUUGAAUUAUGGUUGAAUAUACCAUGGACUGCCAGAAGAACAAAGAAAUCUGUCUUGGAAGUAUAGCCAGAAUGCUCCUUAGAAACGAGGAUGGCUAGACUUCAUCUCACAUACUUCAGACAUGUUAUAUCAGGAGUCACCGGUCCCUGGAGAAGGAUGUCAUGCUUGGUAAAGUAGAGGGUCAGUGAAAAAGAGGAAGAUCCUCAAUGAGAUGGAUUGACACAGUGGCUGCAAGGAUGGGCUCAAGCACAGCAAUGACUGUGAGGAUGGCACAGGACUGGGCAGUGUUUUGUUCUAUUGUACAUAGGGUUGUUAUGAGUCAGAACCAACCUGAUGGCACUUAACUACAACAGCAACAUCAACUUAUAAUUAUUUUUUUAACUCUUAAUAGCAGCUGCCUUCAGUUGUGAAAGAGUGAAGCCUAUAUUUACAUCAGUCAAAACACCGUUUCAGAGAAGUGGGAGUUUAACAAUAAAAUUCUUUAUGUUCUUGGCAUAUGGAUCCGGCUGUGAUAUUGUUAUUUUGGCAGAUGAUUUUGAAUGUGUGCAGAUCAUUCCUGGUGCUAAGCAUGGAAAUAUCCAAAUCAGCUGUGUGGAGUGUUCUAACCAACAUGGAAGAAUUGCAGCUUCAUAUGGUAAUGCUGUUUGUAUUUUUGAGCCCUUGGGCAUAAAUUCUCAUAAGAGAAAUUGUCAACUCAAGUGUCAGUGGCUUAAAACUGGGCAGUUUUUUUUGAGUACUGUGACGUACAACUUGGCAUGGGAUCCUCAAGAUAACAGAUUGUUGACAGCAACUGAGUCUGUUCAGUUGUGGGCUCCUCCAGGAGGUGAUGUUCUAGAAGAGGAGGAAGAAACUGGUAACAGCAUUCCUCCUCUCUUAAAUGACUGGAGAUGCAUCUGGCAGUGCAAAACCUCAGUAUCUGUACAUUUGAUGGAAUGGUCUCCUGAUGGUGAAUAUUUUGCUACCGCUGGAAAGGAUGAUUGUCUUUUGAAAGUAUGGUAUUCUAUGACUGGUUGGAAGUCUUCAAUUAUACCUCAGGAUCAUCAUGAAGUAAAAAGGAGGCAGGCGUGUACUCAAUUUUCCUUUGUUUAUUUGGCACAUCCCCGAGCUGUAACAGGUUUUUCAUGGCGUAAAACUAGCAAGUAUAUGCCCAGGGGCUCUGUCUGUAACGUGCUGUUAACUUCAUGCCAUGAUGGUGUCUGCCGACUCUGGGCAGAAACCUUAUUACCAGAAGACUGUCUUUUGGGUGAGCAGAUUUGUGAGACGACCACUUCCAGCAUUGCCAGCAAUCUUUCUCAUGCUGGGAUACACAAAGACAGAAUACAACAUGCUCUCGAGACAAUACAUCAUUUGAAAAAUUUAAGAAAAGGACAAAGAAGAUCUUCUGUUCUUGUAACUCACACUGAACUAAUGCCUGACCAGACGGGAACACAUGAAGUUCAAAGACACAUUUCCCACCAUGCGAACGUGCUGUGCCAUUUUCACAUUGCUGCAAGCAUCAACCCUGCCACAGAUAUUCCAAAUAUCUUGGCUGGCACUACAUUUGAUGUUGAUGAUGGAAACGGGGGCUUUGUAGUUCAUUGGCUAAACAACAAAGAAUUUCAUUUUACAUCAUCUACUGAAAUAUUUAUGCAGCAAUUACGAAAACUCUCUGAAAAGCAGGCAGAUCAUGAAAGUGAUGAUGUCAACCGAGAGGAUGAGGAACAUUUACUGGAAGAAAAAGAGAGGGGUUUACAUAUGAAACUAGACCAUGAAUUAUCCCUGGAUAGAGAAUCUGAGGGAGGUACAGGAUCAUCAGACCAUGAAGAUGGAGAAAGAGAGGGGAGUCCUAGAACCUACUCACGACCUAGUAUACCAGUGCCACUGCCUACGAUCCUGCUUGAUCGGAAGAUUGAAAUGCUGCUAGCUGAAUGGAAUAAGAAUCCUGACAUGCUCUUUACAAUACACCCUGUAGAUGGUACCUUUCUAGUGUGGCAUGUAAAGUAUUUGGAUGAAUACAAUCCCGGAAUAUUUAGACAAGUUCAGGUUUCCUUUUCUUCUCGGAUUCCUGUUGCAUUUCCCUCUGGUGAUGCAAGCUCUCUUAGUAAAAAUAUUAUGAUGUAUGCCUGCAUAAAUGCUACGAAGGAUUCUCACCACACUCUGCUAUACCAAGAGAUGAUGGCUGUAGGCAGCCCUCACAUGUCACAGCCACACUCUAGAGCACACAGUCCAAAUAUGAACAUUUUAGCUCCGACAGUAAUGAUGAUCUCUAAACACAUAGAUGGUUCUUUAAAUCAGUGGGCAGUCACUUUUGCUGAUAAGUCUGCCUUCACCACUGUUCUAACUGUAUCUCACAAAUUCAGAUACUGUGGUCAUCGAUUUCAUCUCAAUGAUUUGGCAUGCCACUCAGUUUUACCCCUGUUAUUGACGUCAUCUCAUCAUAAUGCUCUGUUGACUCCUGAAUCAGAUUCAGAGAAUAAAUUAAGUAGAUUAAUGGAUCCUAUAAAACAUGUAAAAGGUUCAUUGAAGCAACCUCUCAGAAAUGCAGCAACGCGUACAUUUCAUGACCCAAAUGCAAUCUACAGUGAACUUAUCCUGUGGCGUGUAGACCCAAUAGGACCUUUGUCAUACACUGGAGGAGUUUCAGAAUUGGCUCGAAUUAACUCUUUGCAUACCUCAGCUUUCUCUAAUGUGGCUUGGCUUCCGACUCUUAUUCCUAGCUACUGUCUUGGUACAUAUUGCAAUUCUGCAAGUGCUUGCUUUGUUGCUUCUGAUGGCAAAAAUCUGAGACUCUAUCAGGCUGUGGUAGAUGCAAGGAAAUUAUUAGAUGAGCUGUCAGACCCAGAGUCUUCGAAACUUAUUGGAGAGGUGUUUAACAUUGUGAGCCAGCAGUCUACUGCUCGACCUGGCUGCAUUAUUGAACUUGAUGCGAUAACCAACCAAGUAAAGCACGCUUGUGAAUUGGUGACAUUAUGUGGCUCAAAUACACAGUUGCUUCAUGUGUUUCAAGAAGACUUCAUUAUAGGAUAUAAACCACAUGAGGAAGAUUUGGAGAAAAAGGAAACAGAAAUAUUUUUUCAGCCAUCACAAGGAUAUCGCCCACCACCAUUUUCAGAAAAGUUCUUUCUAGUAGUAAUUGAAAAGGACAGCAAUAAUUACUCUACUCUCCAUAUGUGGCACCUUCAUCUUAAAUCUGUGCGGGCAUGUUUAGCCAAAACUGCAGAAGGUGUUUCGUCAGACAGUCUGCUUUCAGUCCCUGGACAGCAGGAUGUAGACUUCUCUCCAGAAACCUCUCCUAGUGUGAGCCACAUGCCACAUUCCUCAUCAAUUGCCAAUCUUCAAACUGCUAGUAAACUUAUUCUGAACUCUAGAGUGGUAUAUAGCCAGCCCCUUGACCUCCCAGAAGGAGUUGAAGUAAUAAGAGCAACACCUUCAGCAGGCCAUCUGAGUUCUUCUUCAAUUUAUCCAGUGUGUCUUGCUCCUUAUCUGGUGGUUACAACUUGUUCUGACAAUAAAGUACGCUUCUGGAAAUGUUGCAUGGAAACCAACUCACAAUGUUUCAGUGAUGAGAAAGAAACCUAUCAUUGGAGGAGAUGGCCCUUGUUGAAUGAUGAAGAAGAAGAUAAUAGUAGUACAGUGAGCAUUGUGGGAAGACCAGUUGCUGUUAGCUGUUCAUACACAGGUCGCCUUGCUGUGGCUUACAAACAACCUAUCCACCACAAUGGUUUUGUUUCUAGAGAAUUUUCCAUGCAUGUUUGUAUAUUUGAAUGUGAAUCUACAGGAGGGUCAGAAUGGGUUUUAGAACAAACAAUUCAUCUUGAUGAUUUGGUUAAGGUUGGGAGUGUACUUGAUUCAAGGGUCAGUGUUGACAGCAACCUGUUUGUAUAUAGCAAAUCAGAUGCAUUUUUGAGCAAGGAUAGAUACCUUAUUCCAAAUAUAAAGCAUUUAGUACAUUUGGACUGGGUCUCAAAAGAAGAUGGUUCCCACAUUCUCACAGUGGGGGUUGGUGCUAAUAUAUUCAUGUAUGGGCGGCUUUCAGGAAUUGUGACUGAGCAAACCAACAAUAAGGAUGGAGUAGCUGUCAUUACUUUACCACUAGGUGGUAGUAUCAAGCAAGGAGUUAAGUCGAGAUGGGUUCUUCUUAGAUCUAUAGACUUGGUAUCUUCCGUUGAUGGUACACCUUCACUGCCUGUUUCUCUCUCUUGGGUAAGAGAUGGGAUAUUGGUAGUGGGAAUGGACUGUGAGAUGCAUGUCUAUGCACAGUGGAAGCAUGCUGUCAAAUUUGGAGACGUUGAAACUGAUAGUCCUGAUGCAGAAGAGACAGCAAUACGAGAUCAUUCUGCCUUUAAGUCUAAUAUGUUGGCAAGAAAAAGUAUUGUUGAAGGAACAGCUGUGGCUGAUGAUGUUUGUUUUUCACCAACUGUAGUUCAAGAUGGUGGCUUAUUUGAGGCUGCACAUGUACUUUCCCCCACUCUUCCACAGUAUCAUCCAACUCAACUGUUAGAAUUGAUGGAUUUAGGGAAAGUUCGAAGGGCUAAAGCCAUUCUCUCUCAUUUAGUAAAAUGUAUUGCAGGUGAAGUUGCAAUAGUUAGAGAUGCUGAUGCUGGAGAAGGAACUAAGCGACAUCUCUCUCGAACCAUCAGUGUGAGUGGCAGUACAGCAAAGGAUACAGUCACCAUAGGAAAAGAUGGUACUCGAGAUUAUACCGAGAUAGACUCUAUUCCUCCACUACCACUACAUGCACUGCUUGCUGCAGAUCAAGAUGCAACCUACAGAAUUUCAGAAGAAAGUACAAAAAUACCACAGAGCUACAAAGAUCAUACCAAAAGUCAACCAGAGGAUCAGUAUUCGGAGCUCUUCCAAAUCCAGGAUAUAACAACAGAUGAUAUUGAUUUAGAGCCAGAAAAGAGAGAAAACAAAUCAAAAGUAAUAAAUUUUUCCCAAUAUGGACCAGCUUACUUUGGCCAAGAGCAUGCUAGGGUACUUUCAAGUCACCUUAUGCACUCAAGUCUACCGGGCCUUACUCGUUUAGAACAGAUGUUCCUUGUAGCUUUGGCUGAUACGGUGGCAACCACCAGUACUGAGCUUGAUGAAAAUGGAGAUAAGAGUUACUCAGGCAGAGACACAUUGGACGAGUGCGGGUUGAGAUACUUGUUAGCUAUGCGCUUGCACACGUGCCUUUUAACUUCGCUCCCUCCUUUAUACCGAGUGCAGCUACUUCAUCAAGGUGUGUCUACAUGCCAUUUCGCCUGGGCUUUUCAUUCUGAGGCUGAGGAAGAACUGAUUAAUAUGAUUCCUGCAAUUCAGAGAGGGGACCCUCAGUGGCCUGAGUUAAGAGCUAUGGGAAUAGGUUGGUGGGUCAGGAAUAUUAACACUCUUCGAAGAUGCAUUGAAAAGGCAGGUGUGCCUGACCCAUGCAUGGUGUUUUCAGUUGCCUCAUAUGCGUGCAAAAGCUGGAUGAUAAAUAAGGAAGACAGAAGAAGAUUUGAUGCCUUUGAAUUGUGGUCUUGGUCAAAGAUAUUGAAUAUAUCGUGGACUGCCAAAAGAAUGAAUAAAUCUGUCUUGGAAGAAGUACAACUGGAAUGCUCCCUAGAAGCAAGGAUGGUUGCUAAAGCUUCUUUUCAAAGGAACAAUGAUGCCUUGGAUGCUGCAUUGUUCUAUCUUUCAAUGAAGAAGAAAGCAGUAGUAUGGGGUUUGUUUAGGUCACAGCAUGAUGAAAAAAUGACAACAUUUUUCAGCCACAACUUUAAUGAAGAUAGGUGGCGUAAAGCCGCUUUGAAAAAUGCUUUUUCUUUACUUGGAAAACAGCGCUUUGAACAAUCUGCUGCUUUUUUCUUGUUAGCUGGUUCAUUGAAAGAUGCCAUAGAGGUAUGUCUUGAAAAAAUGGAAGAUAUUCAGCUAGCCAUGGUUAUUGCACGUUUGUAUGAAUCUGAAUUUGAGACUUCAUCAACUUAUAUAGCCAUCUUAAAUCAGAAGAUUUUGGGUUGCCAGAAGGAUGGCUCAGGAUUCAAUUGCAAAAGAUUACAUCCUGAUCCUUUUCUGCGUAGUCUUGCCUAUUGGAUAAUGAAAGAUUACACCCGAGCUUUGGACACAUUACUAGAACAAACACCAAAGGAGGAGGAUGAACCUCAAGUUAUCAUCAAAUCUUGUAACCCAAUGGUGUUUAGUUUUUACAACUAUCUUCGAACUCAUCCUUUGCUUAUUCGAAGAAACCUUGCCUCCCCUGAAGGAACUUUGGCAACUUUAGGACUCAAAACUGAGAAAAACUUUGUUGAUAAAAUUAACCUCAUAGAAAGAAAAUUAUUCUUUACCACUGCAAAUGCUCAUUUUAAAGUUGGAUGCCCUGUUUUAGCCUUGGAAGUACUCUCCAAAAUUCCAAAAGUAACCAAAAUAUCUACCUUACCUGCAAAAAACGAUCAGCCUGACUUCGUUCCUAAGAAGAUGGGUGAUAUACCUUCAGAAUCACAAACUCUGAGAGAUGUCAAUGGAAGUUCUGGUACUGAUUGGUCAAAUACAGCUUCAUCACAGAUUGACUGGAGUCAGCCAAUAGUAAAAGCUGAUGAGGAACCUCUUAAUCUUGAUUGGGGGGAAGAGCAUGAUAAUGAUAGUGCCUUAGAAGUAGAGGAAGAAGAUGGCAUUGGUUUAGUAAUGAAAAGUACAGAUGACAGGGAAAAAGAUAGACAAGAAGAUCAGAAAGUCCCAGACCCUAGUAUGUUAUUGACUCCUCAGGAAGAGGAUUCUCUUAAAGGUGACACUGAAGUUGAUGUGAUUGCUGAACAACUAAAAUUCAGAGCCUGUUUAAAGAUUCUCAUGACUGAACUAAGAACAUUGGCUACAGGUUAUGAAGUAGAUGGAGGGAAACUCAGAUUUCAACUUUAUAACUGGCUUGAAAAGGAAAUUGCUGCCUUGCAUGAGAUAUGUAAUCAUGAAUCAGUUAUUAAAGAAUAUUCUGGUAAAACAUAUUCUAAAGAAGAAAGUGAUCUUCUGGAUCAGGGAGAAAUGGUGGACAAACCAGAUAUUGGUUCCUAUGAGCGCCACCAAAUAGAAAGACGACGAUUACAGGCUAAACGAGAGCAUGCAGAACGACGGAAGUUAUGGUUGCAGAAAAAUCAAGAUCUCCUAAGGGUGUUUCUUAGUUACUGUAGCCUUCAUGGGGCCCAAGGUGGGGGUCUGGCCUCAGUAAGGAUGGAACUCAAAUUUUUGCUACAAGAAUCCCAGCAGGAAACUACAGUAAAGCAGCUCCAGUCUCCACUACCAUUGCCUACUACCCUCCCUCUGCUUUCAGCAAGUAUUGCUUCAACAAAAACAGUCAUAGCUAAUCCUGUAUUGUACUUAAAUAAUCACAUCCAUGAUAUACUUUAUACCAUCGUUCAGAUGAAAACACCACCUCAUCCCAAUAUUGAAGAUGUGAAGGUGCACACACUUCAUUCACUAGCAGCAUCACUUUCUGCAUCGAUUUACCAAGCGCUAUGUGACAGUCACAGCUACAGCAGUCAAACUGAAGGAAAUCAGUUUACAGGAAUGGCUUACCAAGGACUUCUUUUAAGUGACCGUCGAAGAUUAAGAACAGAAAGCAUUGAAGAACAUGCAACACCGAAUUCAUCUCCUGCUCAAUGGCCUGGUGUGAGCUCACUUAUUAAUCUGUUGAGUUCAGUCCAAGAUGAAGAUCAGCCAAAAUUGAACAUUUUGUUAUGUGAAGCUGUUGUUGCUGUUUACUUAAGUUUAUUGAUACAUGCUCUUGCCACAAAUUCCUCCAAUGAAUUGUUUCGACUUGCAGCCCACCCACUAAAUAAUCGAAUGUGGGCUGCUGUUUUUGGAGGGGGUGCGAAACUUGUUGUGAAGCCUCAAAGACAAUCAGAAAAUAUUUCAGCACCACCUGUUCCUUCCGAAGACAUAGAUAAACAUCGUAGGCGAUUUAACAUGCGAAUGCUCGUCCCUGGAAGGCCUGUAAAGGAUGCUACCCCACCACCGGUGCCUGCAGAAAGACCAUCUUACAAAGAAAAAUUCAUUCCUCCAGAACUUAGUAUGUGGGAUUAUUUUGUUGCAAAGCCAUUUCUCCCUUUGUCUGAGAGUGGUGUUAUAUAUGAUUCAGAUGAAAGCAUUCAUAGUGAUGAAGAAGAAGAUGAUGCUUUUUUUUCAGAUACACAAAUCCAAGAGCACCAAGAUCCAAAUUCCUAUAGCUGGGCUCUUCUACAUUUGACACUGGUUAAGCUAGCACUUCACAAUCUCAAGAAUUUCUUUCCUAUUGCUGGAUUGGAAUUUUCUGAGCUGCCUGUAACGUCACCAUUAGGUAUUGCUGUGGUUAAAAACUUGGAGAACUGGGAACAGAUCCUACAAGAGAAAAUGGAUCAAUUUGAAGGUCCACCCCCUAACUACAUCAAUACAUAUCCCACUGACCUUUCAGUAGGAGCUGGACCAGCUAUUCUUCGAAAUAAAGCAAUGCUAGAACCUGAAAAUACUCCAUUUAAAUCCCGGGAUUCUUCUGCACUGCCGGUCAAACGACUAUGGCAUUUCCUUGUUAAACAAGAAGUCCUUCAAGAUACAUUUAUUAGAUACAUUUUCACUAAGAAAAGAAAGCAGAGUGAGUCUGUAGAAGAACAUGUGGAGCAGGUCAAACAAAUCUGCAUAGCUGAAGAUUCCCACAUCAAGGUUGAAGCUGACCUGGGCUAUCCAGGUGGAAAGGCAAAAAUCAUUCAUAAGGAAUCGGAUAUGAUCAUGGCAUUUUCAGUUAAUAAGGCAAACUCUAAUGAAGUUGUCUUGGCUUCAACACAUGAUAUUCAAGAACUUGACAUUACUUCUCUGUUGGCCUGUCAGUCAUAUAUAUGGAUUGGAGAAGAAUAUGACAGAGAAUCCAAAAGCUCAGAUGAUGUUGAUUACCGCGGUUCCACUACAACCCUUUACCAACCCAGUGCAACAUCCUAUUCAGCAACUCAGGUGCAUCCACCGUCAUCUCUGCCAUGGCUGGGCAGUGGGCAGACUAGCACUGGAGCUAGUGUGCUUAUGAAAAGGAAUCUACACAAUGUUAAGAGAAUGACUUCACACCCAGUCCAUCAAUACUAUCUUACAGGAGCUCAGGAUGGCAGUGUACGGAUGUUUGAAUGGACCCGGCCUCAGCAGCUUGUAUGCUUCCGCCAAGCAGGCAAUGCGAGAGUUACCAGAUUAUAUUUUAAUUCACAAGGCAACAAGUGUGGCGUUGCAGAUGGAGAGGGUUUUCUGAGUAUCUGGCAAGUAAACCAAACUGCAUCAAAUCCCAAACCUUACAUGAGUUGGCAAUGCCACAGUAAAGCUGCGAGUGACUUUGCAUUUAUUACCUCUUCAAGUAUAGUUGCCACAUCUGGACAGUCCAAUGACAAUAGGAAUGUAUGCCUCUGGGACACAUUGCUAUCACCUGGAAACAGCCUCAUACAUGGUUUCACAUGCCAUGAUCAUGGCGCCACGGUGCUUCAGUAUGCACCAAAGCAGCAACUCCUUGUCUCUGGAGGCAGAAAAGGCUAUGUCUGCAUUUUUGACAUCAGGCAGAGACAGCUAAUUCACACAUUCCAGGCACAUGACUCAGCUAUUAAGGCCCUCGCUCUGGAUCCCUGUGAAGAGUAUUUUACUACAGGUUCAGCAGAAGGUAACAUAAAGGUUUGGAGAUUGACAGGCCAUGGCCUGAUUCACUCAUUUAAAAAUGAACAUGCGAAACAGUCCAUAUUCAGAAACAUUGGGGCUGGAGUCAUGCAGAUUGAUAUCAUCCAGGGCAAUCGGAUCUUCUCCUGUGGUGCAGAUGGCACGCUCAAAACAAGGGUUUUACCAAAUGCUUUUAACAUCCCUAAUAGAAUUCUUGACAUUCUGUAGCCUUAAAGAUUGGGGCUUUAUUUUCGUACACAUUGCAAUUUAAAAACACUGCGGUAAUUACUAGGCAUUGAAGAAGAAAACCAGUUCUGCUUUCCAUGCGGUUAACACAUUGAAAACAAUACAAAUCUGUGUAGAUUUGAAUCUGAUCCAAGCAGUAGUGUUACGCUGAGCAUUGCUUAUACAGGUUGGUAGAAUGUGCAUGUACCUUGUUAUAAUGCUGACAUACUCUAAAGUCAAACCUAGGUAUUGUAUGGAGGUUAGCUAUUCUUUACAGCAUUUAGCAAACCCCAUUCAGAAAACAUUUGAGUUUAGCGGCUAGCAUUUUAGUAAGUUAUGGUAAUAAGAGGGAACUUUGUAUCAAAUUAAGGAAGAAAAUGUUGCUGAUUCAGGUUUUUCUUUCUGUUCGUACCACUGAUGGAAGCAUGCCUGCAGUUUCCUUCUUUGUUGAAUGAAGGAUAGUCAUAAGGUGUUACAAGGUCUAGACCACCAGAGAAACUUCUUAGUUAUGGAGCCCUGCACAGUGACCAACCUUCUGCUCUGAGAGGUCAUUUCCAUUCUUUCCUGCUGAAUAUUUUUCCUGUUAAUGUUUCUACUGAGCUAAUACUGUAGCUUGCAAAUGAAUGCAGAUUUAAAUGCAAUGUUUUCCUCACGAUUUGCACAUUCACAUUUUUUGGACUGCUAGUUUUUCUAUUUAGAUAUUUGCCUUCAUGUUAGGAAUGUAAUUCAUGAACAUGCAUAUUUGUAGGUAACAAAAACAUACCUUCUUAGUCCAGUUUAGUACUUUUUCUUUUCAUGUAUUCAAUUAAACACCCACGAUAUUUUAAGACUGUGUUGAAACUAUACCAAUAUGGCAUCUCAUAUCAUAACUAAAGCGAACACUAGGCUUUUUGUGGCCAGUUAAUAGACGAUGAGAUUGGCGCUAUUAUUUAUUACCACAGCCUAUUGUAUAAACUAUGCAGAGUUAAAUAUUAUUUGCUUGUAAAAUAUUAGCCAGUGUUGUCAUAUUUUGAUGUAUUUCUUGGUUUUGACCAAAAAUAUGUUCUUGAAAUACUGAAACCAAUGCCCAUGUGUUUAAAUGUUUACCAGCAAAUUGUCUCAUCAUGUUAAUGAGAAUGUUUAAUGCCUGUGUAGUAGUUAAGUAUGAUGGCAUAAAAAUACCUUUCUCUGAAGGGGCGUGAUGUUCGGGCUGUGAAAUACAUAUGUAAAAGAAAAAUAAAUGUUAUUUGUUAGAGUUUUA